UGAUUUCUUUCAAUUCUAGUAUCAUCUCAUUAAAACUCUACUUUUAAAAUUGUUAAUUUUUGUCAUUUGCUAUUAUUUCAAAACUUUAAAUAACUGAAACCAUCAUAAUCCGUGUGUUUUCUGAGUUGUUUGUUUAAUAUAGGCUGGGUGCUUUGAGAAUAUAUUUAAGAAAUCAGAAUUCCCUAUAAUAAUCACUUCUUAGUAAAUGUGUUGAAUAAUAAUAAAAAAAUAUUUGUAAAAAUCAAUUAGUAGUUUAUUGCGUGGAAGCUAUUACUGACCCAAUCGUGAAUAUGGCCAAAGAAGAAGAUGACGAUAAUUUACCAGAUAAAGAUGCGGCGAAAGAAUUCUACGCUAAAUAUGAACCGAAGGAAAUAAUAGGACGAGGCAUCAGCUCAACCGUGAGGAGAUGCAUAGAAAAAGAGACUGGCCAUGAGUUUGCUGCUAAGAUCAUAGAUCUCAGUCAAGAGUCCCAAGAUGGUGUAGACACUCAAACAAUGAGGGACGCCACUAGGCAAGAGAUUAACAUACUAAGGGUUGUUGCCGGACAUCCUUAUAUUAUUGAACUGCAAGAUGUAUUUGAAUCAGAAACUUUUAUUUUCCUUGUGUUUGAAUUGUGCAAAAAUGGUGAGCUGUUUGACUACCUAACUUCAGUGGUUACUCUGUCUGAGAAGAAAACAAGAUAUAUAAUGAGACAAGUAUUGGAGGGAGUGCGAUACAUUCACAGCAAGAACAUCGUCCACCGUGACCUGAAGCCGGAGAACAUUCUGCUGGACGACCAGCUCAACGUGAAGAUAACCGAUUUCGGGUUUGCAAAGGUCCUUAAGAAUGGGGAAAAGCUGUUUGAGUUGUGCGGCACCCCGGGCUACCUGGCCCCGGAGACGCUGAAGGCGAACAUGUUUGAGGACGCGCCGGGUUACGGCAAGGAAGUUGACACAUGGGCGUGCGGCGUCAUUAUGUUCACAUUGCUGGUGGGUUGUCCGCCGUUCUGGCACCGCAAGCAGAUGGUCAUGCUCCGAAACAUCAUGGAAGGCCGAUACUCCUUCACCAGCCCCGAGUGGCUCGACAUAUCCGAGGACCCCAAGGAUCUCAUAAGGCGGUUUCUGGUGGUGGAGCCCGGAGACAGGAUCGACAUAAACGACGCGCUGGAGCAUCAGUUCUUCCACACGAAGUUGUGGGACCAGGACGUCACGCCGCUGAAGAAGUCGUUCUCCACCGCCGGCAGGCGGAUGUCGCGCAUCGACCAGAUCGCUAUGGCGAUAAAGUCGAGCGGGUUCGACGCCCGCGCGCGUCUCCGGCUAGCUUUGGUGACGGUCCGCGCCGCGGUGAGACUCCGGCGCCUGCCCCACACCUCCGCCAGAGCCAUCCCGCUGCACGAGGCCCUCGCGGACCCCUACACGCUCAGGAUGCUCCGCAAGGUGAUAGACGGUUGUGCGUUCCGCGUGUACGGGCACUGGGUUAAAAAAGGCGAGGGCCAAAAUCGAGCAGCGCUCUUCGAGAACACGCCCAAGACAGAAUUAAAGAGCUUGUACGUAAGCAACCUCAGCCGAUAGUCACGCCGCGCGCCGGACGAACCUCUCGAUGUCUCUGCUACCCUGGUGCAAACGAGGAGUCGAGGUACCAGGGCGACAGGGGUUAGAAGAUGUCGUUCGUACGAGUUCGAAAUGUGUGCGUGUGAUGUAAGUCGGUUGUAGUGCGUAUGAUUGUCAUACUACGAUUACAGAAUGUAUAGAUGCAGAAGCUAGAAGGCCAAUUAGUCAUUUUGGUUUUGACAGUUAACACAUUGACAUUCCUAUUCUCAGUUAACGCGGGCCGCGUUAAUACUCAGUGGGCUGACAUUCUGGAUCUAUUUAUUCUGACGUAGAUGUCAAAAUAGACUCGAAAGUAGUUAGCUUGUAACGUUGGCAAUAAACCCAUAUUUGUGAUCAGUUUUUAAGUAGAAUGUUUAAUUAUUGUCCCUAUAAGAAUCAAAUAGUUCACUUAAGGAUUAUAUUUGCGCUUCUACUUUUAUUAAAUUUUCCUCAUAAAUAUAUAUACAUAAGUAUUUUAAAAUUAUGUUUUAAUUGCGAUUUUAUUCGUUUAAUUCUGUAUUUAUGUGUAUAUUAACAGUUUGAUAAUUCAGAAUGAAUUUCAAAUGUCGUGGUAAAAAAAUAAUAUAGAGUAUCUGUAUCUAUGUAUCGUUAUUUAAGUUAAUACUCAAACAAUAAUUACCAUAUAAUAUGAUCAUGUGUAUAUAAAUGUAUACAUAUUAUAUAGAAAGACAUAUGAAAAAUGUUGACUUUAAAAUUGUAUCAUCUCUGUAUUGAAUUAAAAUGAAGAUAUAUAUAUAUAUAUAUAUAUAUAUAUAUACUAAAAGAUAAUUAACUAGAAGUCUACAUUUCUUUUAUAAAUAAAUAUUUUAAUUUUGAAUUAGAAUAAGUGUAUGUGGCUAUGUUAGCCAAAAUUCUUAGCUAAUUUUAAAUUAUGUUAGUGAACAUUUGUUGUUUUAUGAAUCUUAUGUUUUUAAACCAUAUUUUAGUAGUUCUUUGUUAAUUAAAAUAAUUCACCAUAAUUAAUUACUCUUACCCGCUCCCAAUUUAUACAUCUAGAAGUACGCUUAAUAAUAGAGGUGAUCUUUAUGAAAGAAUGUGAUGAGAAGCAAUACUAUUUAGAUGAUGUUUAUUUUCUCAAAGCUCUCCAUUUUCGUACCAUUUGUAGUAUUUAAAAUAUUAUCUACGUUUUUACUGAAUAAAUUAUAUGUGUA